AUGGCUCACCUCGCUGCUCACUUUGAGCCACCCGAGGAACGUCAAUCCGGCUCAAGUGGUUCACCAGCAACCCAUCCCUACGUGGUCGACCAGAGCUCUCGGUCAUCUUCAUCUAGCCGCCAACAACAGCAACAGCAGCAAACACAACAUGCUUUCUCACAGAUGACAGCCUCUGGCAACCUGGUCUGCAGCACAAGCUCAGUCGCUUACCUUUCCAACAAUGGGUCUCUGCGCAACACAUUUGCUUCCACAGAACAAGUCGAUGACGUCGACCCGCAACAGCUCGCUACGGAAGCCGAAGAGGAAGAUGACGCCUCCACAGCCAGCGGCAGACGCCACGGUGCGCUUCUUGUCGAAGAGGUCAACGAAUGGAUGUUGCAACACUCUUUCUUUCAUUGGGGUCUCAAACGCCAUCUCACGCACGGCAACCCUAAGCCGAGAGACGAACGAGACCUCCCAGAUUGGCGAAUGCGCGAACGUUUACGAACGGUCACCGCCGCACUUGUCAUGUGUCUCAACAUCGGAGUCGAUCCGCCUGACGUUUCCAAGACCAACCCGUGUUCCAAGUUGAUCUGCUGGAUGGACCCUAGCUCGCUCGAAGUGUCCAAAGCGCUCCCUGCUAUUGGCCGCAAUCUGCAAGCACAGUUCGAGACGCUCAGCACAAAGACUCGAUACAAGCAAUACCUUGACCCUAUCGUAGAAGAGACCAGACGCUUCUGCACAACUCUGCGAAGAGCUGCCAAGGAUGAACGUGUGCUUUUCUACUACAACGGCUAUGGUGUGCCCAAGCCCACGCCAGGUGGAGAGAUUUGGGUCUUCAACAAGGCCUAUACGCAGUAUAUCCCAGUCACUCUGUACGACCUUUUGACGUGGCUCGGAAGCCCGUGUAUCUUUGUUUGGGACGCUAGUGCGGCUGGUAACGUCGUGGCCAACUUCAAGCGUUUGCAAGAGAGGAAGGCGGAGGAAGAGGCUGCAAGAUCCAGUCGCGAUAGGGAAGCUCAACAUCGGUCAGGAGAUCGCGAUCGUUCCAAGGCAGCUGAUGCCUCUUCAUCCUCGGCAAACAAGUCAGGUGCACAGUCAACAUCAUCGACAGACGAGUCGCACUUCCCCUUGCGCGAGUCGAUCCAUCUCGCAGCAUGCGGACCCGACGAAGUGCUACCCAUGAACCCAGAUCUUCCGGCUGAUCUUUUCACCUGCUGUUUGACAUCGCCCAUCGAGAUUUCGCUCCGCUGGUUCGUCCUCCAAAACCCACUACCAUCCAAGCUCAACGUCGACAUGGUCAUGAACAUCCCAGGCCGUUUGCAAGAUCGAAGAACACCGUUGGGUGAGCUCAACUGGAUCUUCACCGCCAUCACCGAUACCAUCGCAUGGACUGUCUUACCUCGCGCCAUUUUCCGCCGUCUCUUCCGUGACGAUCUGAUGGUGGCUGCGCUUCUUCGCAACUUCUUGCUUGCGGAACGCAUCAUGCGCUUCUACCAUUGCACACCGAUGAGUCAUCCCAAGCUUCCGCCAACACAUAACCAUCCACUUUGGGACAGUUGGGAUCUCGCUGUGGACCAAUGUCUUGCUCAGUUGCCGACACUGCUUGCGAAGGAACGCGCUCAGGCCGAGGCUGCGGAGGGUGGGCCGCCAGUCCCUCCUCAUCUCGCUUCAUUCGAGUACCGACACAGCACGUUCUUCAGCGAGCAGCUCAAGGCUUUCGAAGUCUGGCUGCAGCAGGGUGGGGUGAGUCGAAAGGGUAGAAGACGUCGUGUCAAUGCGGCGAUCACACCUCAUGGCAAUCCAUCGGCAGGUCUGUCUUCCGCUGCGACGGGUGCUGAUCCGGAAGCGUUCGAUGACGACGGCGAUGUCAGCCCUGUUCGUGAACCACCUGAUCAGCUGCCCAUCGUUCUGCAAGUGCUGCUGUCUCAAGCGCAUCGUCUGCGAGCACUCAUCCUGCUCAGUCAGUUCCUCGAUCUAGGCCCAUGGGCGGUUAAUAUGGCUCUCAGCAUCGGUAUCUUCCCUUACGUGCUUAAGCUUCUGCAAAGUCCGGCUGCCGACCUCAAACCUGUGCUCAUCUACAUCUGGGCUCGAAUUCUCGCAGUUGACCGCAGCUGUCAAAACGACUUGUUGAGGGACAAUGGCUUCAUCUACUUUGCAGGUGUGCUCAGUCCUUUCCAGAACAAUAAUGUCGGUCAGAACGCUGGCGUCAAUGGUCCUUCCAUUCCAAUUCCUAACGUUUCGGAGCACCAAGCAAUGUGUGCCUUCAUUCUUGCAGUCUUCUGCCAGGACUUCCCCGCCGGACAAGCUGCAUGUCUGGAUACCGAUGUCAUGCACUCGUGCCUCGAGCAUCUGGAAGAUGAUGACUUUUUGCUGCGGCAGUGGAGCGCGCUCUGUCUUGCGCAGUUGUGGGAUGAUAACGAGGCAGGUAAGGCUCGAGCUAUCUCGCUUGAUGCUCAUGGGAAACUUUGCUGUAUGCUCGGUGAUGUUUCUCCAGAGGUAAGGGCAGCUGUGCUUCAUGCUCUAGGAACUUUGCUCGGCGCUAGUGGAUCGAGUCAGGAUCAGGUCGAUAUUGUGUCGUAUGCCACCGACGAGCCUAUUCCGGCACCGACUGGCAGCAACGGUAACCGUCCAGCCGGAGGAAGACGCUUUUGCCCUGGUACCGGUGCUGCAACAGGCCUGCCACCGACCAAGCAGAGAGGUCUCGAGAUCGGUAUCGCAACCGCCAUGCUCACUACCAAAGGUGACUGCAGUCCUUUGGUGCGCAAGGAACUUGUUAUUGCGCUUAGUCCUGUCGUGGCUGAGUACAAGGGCUUCUUUGUGCUUGCUGCCUACUUGUACUAUUCACGAGAAGGAACUCUGCAGAAUCCGCCUUUGCAGCAAGAGCGAAAGUCGGCAGCGUCUCGAGCUAAGGCAGCACAGUCGUCAACUACUGAUGACAGUAGAGGCUCGCUUAGGUCCACAGGUCGAAUGCCUUCUAGCAGCAACGUCGCUGGACCUUCACCGAGCGCACUAGCGAUGGAAGAAGCAUUGCUUGCACGUCUCGCUUCGAAGCUGCUCAUCGAGGAAGAGAUUGAGGAGGAAGAUAUUGCCAACAUCCCUGCGUUCGCCACUAUCUUUGUUGCACUGCUCGAUUUGAGUGUCGACUCGAACCCCGAGGUCGCCAACCUUGCCUGCACAGUCGUCGACUUUAUCAUCGCCUUGCUGCUCGAGAGCGAUGUUUCGAGUGCUGGAGAGAGUGUUUUGCGAGGCUUUGACACUGCAGAGGCGAUCACGCGGUUCACGACGCCCACCAGCACAGAUGCUGGUCUGGAGGGGUACUUCCCGUUUACGCCUCGAUCAACUGGGACAACGCCGGGUUCGACAGAUGAGAUGUCGACUUCGCAGAUUGCUGCGUUGAACGGUGCAUAUGUUCCGCCAUCUGGGUUUGGAACUGGUGGUUCUGGACCCGCCCGACCAGGGCAGGUGGCUCGCACGCAGUCUCAUACUGCUCCGAAGCGCUCUUCGACGCUGGCUCAGGCGGUGAAGACGCUUGCUACGCUCGGAUACUCUCGUCCUGCAUCGCCUGUGGGGUCAGACCAUGAUACUAUGGGUAGACCUUUAUACGGCGAGGCAGGUCCUUCGGGAAUUCCGCCUCCUGGUCCUGCAGUGUUGGCGCCUCGCCGCAGCCCGGGUACGAAAGCAGCAGCUGCUCAGUACAAUUCUCCCUACCUCUCGAAAGGGGCUCCGACAACACCCUCCCUCGAACCGCCUUCCGCUGCUUCGAUGCCUUCUUCGCCGCUGAAUGCAGUCGCCAAGCUCAGCGAUCGAUCGCAAAGCGCCGAGAGUCUGUCGUACAUCAACGGACGAGGCGAUCGUAGGAAGCCAAGUGGACAGUACGCCAAUGGUAAUGGAAGCGGCAAUCCGCUAGACGGUAGUAUCGAGCAUGCAAAUGGCGGUGGCCACGAGCAGCAGAGGUUCUAUGGUGACGAAUUGGAGACCGAUCCGCAUGUUGCCGUUGAUGACCAUGUCAAGGUCGGUGAUGCGCUUGCUGGGUUGAUUGCGAUGGACAUGUACCGCUUCCGGUCGCGUUUCACGAGUAGUGCGGAUGGGUCAUCGCAGCACACGCCAGUUUCAUCUCCUGCAGUCAGCCGUGCCAAUCGAUGGGGCUUCGUCCCCACUCCUGGCAGCAGUGGAGUCAGCACUCCCUCCGGCUCCAUUGGCUCCGGAGGUGGCGCUAACAACGAGCUCCGUGACACCCUCCCCCUCAAAAGCCGCCUGUUCGCUUGGUGCAGCGAAUACUACAUCGAACCACAAAUGAAGCAGGCCGAAAGCGAAGAACCGGGUAGUAUCAAAUACAACGUUCAACACUGGAAGAAACAGCGAAAUUCCCGACUUACCGAACACUCGCUCGAAAUUGCUGACUCCGCCGCUCAAUCGCCUUGGACCGAACAUGGAGGGUAUAUCCGCAAUGGAGCUCUACCCUACCUGAUGCUGUUCCAUCAGUACGAGAACCAUCUUGUGACAGCGAGCGAUCAGGAUACAGUCGCGGUAUGGGAUUGGGAAGAAAAGCGUCUCCUCAGCCGGUUUGCUAAUGGUAACCCCGCAAGGACGAACAUCACCUCUGCGCUGUUUAUCAAUGAGGAUAGUGAUGCGAUGCUGUUGGUUGGUUCUGCGGAAGGAAAUGUUAGGAUUUAUAGACAUUAUGAUUCGCCAGCGCACACGGCAGGUUUUAGGGGACCGGAAUUGGCGUCGUCUUUCCAAGCUUUGCCUGAUUUGGUGAGGAGUAAGCGGCCAAGUGGAUUGGUGGUGGAUUGGUUGCAGGGUAGUGGGCAUCUUUUGGCAGGUGGUGAUAGCAGGGUGAUCAGGGUAUGGGAUGCUCAUCGGGAGCUGUGCGUGGUUGAUAUUCCGACGAGGGCGAGUAGUUGUGUUACGUCCAUCUCUUCAGAGUCGGACUUCGGGCAUCUGUUUGUGGCUGGGUUCGGUGAUGGUACUGUGGGGGUGUACGAUAGGCGGAAUCCACCAGAGGCGAGUUUGGUGCGAUUGUGGGAAGAGCAUCAGACUUGGGUUCAGAACGUUCAUUUGCAGAAGAGGGGUUCGAGGGAACUGGUGACGGCAAGUGUGGAUGGUGAGGUGAGGUUGUGGGAUAUGCGGGUGAGGUCGUCGAUUGCGAGGUUGAGUAUGGGUAGUAAGUUGGGUGGCAAGUUGUCGUGUAUGGCGGUGCAUGAAAGGGUGCCGUUGUUCGCGGUGUCUUCGGCGCCGAGACCGUUACGACCUAGUGCCAGUGCUCAGACGGUGUUGUUGACGCAUUUGGAGAUGCUUUCGACGUUGGGUAAGCCAAUUGUACGCAACUUCGCACCAAUGGGUUCAACGCAGCAUUUGGGCAACAGCACUUUGUUGUACCCUCCCGAAUCGGUCAAUUCUGGAGUGGUCAACCACCACCACCAUCAUUUGCAUCAUCUACACCAUCCUGGUGAUCCUCACCACUUCAGCGGUAUGGGUGGUUCUGGCAUCCUUUCGCAUCACAACACUCUUAUCAGUGGCACAACCGGAGCUGGUGCAGGAAGCGGCAGCGGACACGGUCCACACCUAAAUCCAACCAACCCUCUGCAUACACUAUUACCACCAGCAGUGGAGACGCCUCCAUCGAGCUUCACCCCAGCUAUGGGAAGUAUGGCUUUCCAUCCGCACUUGCCCAUCUUGGCAUUCGGUGGACCGGAUACAAUGAUUGAGCUUAGGGAAUGGCCUGAUCCGAACUAA